AUGUCUGUUAGUGAAAAGGCAUAUAUGUUGCCUUAUAUAUCAACGAGAUUUAAUAGAAAAAGACAGUGCUCUAUCUUCCAUGCAGAAAGACAAUGUGCGUCAAACAUAUUCAGAAAUAAUCUAAUUAGCCCUCUGUUGACUUGCCCUCAAAUUCAAAUCAAAAACAAUGAUUUUGGAUUGGUAGAUAUUCAAACUGAUUAUACAUUCUCUGGAUUGUCAGUUUAUCAUUCUAAAGCAGAUAAUAUUGGAGUCCUAGUUUGUGUAAGCGACUUAUCAAAGAUAAAACUGAAGACUCUGAAACUCGGUAGUAGGUUUCUAUCUACUUUAACUUUGAUCUGUUUAUGUGUAUCUCUUGUAGCCCUUCUGCUAACAUUAAUUACGUACUGCUUAUUCCCAAGUAUUAGAACUCUCCCCGGUAUUAACAACAUGAUACUAGUUUUAUUUUUAUUUUUGGCACAGAUUUGUUUGAUCGUCCGUCCUUUGUUUUAUACUUUUGGUUUGGAAAUAGUGUCUGCUUUGUCACACUUUUCAUGGCUGUUGGUAUUUUUCUGGCUGCAAAUAUGUUCUUUUCACAUGUUUCGUGUCUUCACUGCCAAACAGAGAUGGGAUAAUUGUCCAAUAUCUAUCAGACGAACAAUUACUAAGUAUUUCUUGUAUGCAUUUGGUAGCGCCUUGAUUAUUGUUACUUCAAACAUUAUAAUUUCCCUUAUAUUUUCCGAUGGCAAAAACACAGGUUAUGACAAAGCUUUAACAUUAAUGACAUACAAAACCGCUUUCAUUGUCACUGUCCUGGUUCCGUUAAUUUUUGUCUGCUUAACGAACAUAUUUUUUUAUAUUUUGACGGCGCAUAAAAUCUGCUUUACUCCUGACAUUGAAAGCACAACUGGAAAUAAAGUGCAAUUUUCUGUUUAUAUAAAGUUGUUUACAUUGACUGGCCUUUCAUGGAUGUUACAGAUUAUUGACUCUUUUAUAGAUGUUUCAAUAUUUUCGUACUUUGUUGCAAUUUUGAACGGUUUACAGGGAUUGCUAAUCUUUCUCAGUUGUGUCUGUAAUAAAAGGGUGUGGAAUUUGUACAAGACAGCUUGGAGCGAAAAUAGAAAUUUCAGCAGACAACCGUCAACAUUACGCUCCAAAACAAACACAACUUCAAAAUGA